UAUAUAUUAACCUCUCAAUCCUUUACUCUCUAGGAAAAAAAAACCAUCUUUUCUUUUCUCCCAAACAAAGAUUUUCAUUCCAUUUCUCUUGUCAUGGAGCUUAUACCCGGUCUUCCUAAUGAUAUUGCCCGCGAAUGUUUAGUUCGUGUCCCAUACAAUGAUUUCUCCAAUAUUGCAUUUACCUGUAAAGACUGGAAGCUCGAAAUUCAUUUGCCUGAGUUUUUCCGUCACCGAAGAGCCGCCGGGUGUAGUAAACAUGUGGUGGUUAUGACUCAAUCCCGAGUCGACCCGGAUAGAGAUUCCGGUUUGAAAUGCCAGGCUUUGCCUCUUUAUCGGGUCGUGGUUUUCGAGCCCGAUACCGGUGACUGGUGGGAGAUGCCUCCGGUUCCGGGGUGUUCCUAUGGGUUGCCGGUGUUUUGUCAGGUUGUUGGAGUCGGGUUAAACGUUGUGGUGAUGGGUGGGUUGGAUCCGGAUACUUUUGAUGUCCGCGACGAGGUGUAUGUGUAUAAUUUUCUAUCGGCCACUUGGCGGCGCGGGGCCAACAUGCCGGGCGUGAAGCGGGUCUUCUUCGGAUGCGCGUCGGAUUCGGAUCGAAUGGUGUUCGUUGCCGGAGGACAUGACGGCGACAAAAACGCGUUGAGAUCGGUGAUGGCGUAUGACGUGGACACUAACAAGUGGGUCCAAUUGCCCGAUAUGGAUAGAGAACGUGACGAAUGCAAGGGGAUAUUCCACCUCGGAAAGUUCCACGUCAUCGGCGGGUAUUGUACAGAUAGGCAAGGCGAAUUCGAGAGAAGUGCCGAGCUGUUCGACGUUGCCACAUGGCAGUGGAGCCCACUUCAAGAGAACCUCUUAUCUCUCGCCACGUGUCCUAGUUCUUGCACGGUAGCCGACGGAUCACUAUACAUGUGCCAAGGAGGUGACGUGGCAAAACUCGAAGCCGAUACAUGGAAACCGGUGGCCGGGCUACCGGGUGAGGUAUGCAAUACGGCUCUUGUAGCCGCACGGGAAGACAAACUGUUGGUUAUUGGUUCCUCCAACUUCGGUGAGCCCCACACCGCUUACGUGUUGAAUUUACAAAGUUACACGUGGACAAGAAUAAAAUCGACGGACGAACACUCGGGUCAUGUUCAAUCCGGUUGUUAUUUAGAGUUAUAAAUCAGUUCGGAUAUUAAGGUUCUAGUCUCCUACUUGUAACAUAAUGAACAGAUGAAGCACGGGGGGUUUAUUUUCCCAUUUGCGGGAUGAGGUUGAUUGUGAAUUCGAGUUCGGAUGGAGUGUGUGCCACAACUUAGUCAAGGCUAAUAGGAUAAGGUAAUGAAUACGAAUGUCGUUUUCUCUUCGAAAUCAGCACCAUCUCGGAGAAAAAGCGGAAAGAUAUUAGAAUAGGAUGAGAAGAGUGGAGAUCUGGGCGCCAACGUCAUUGUGU